AUGGUUAAAGGUCGAAUGUGUGUUCCUUCAAACGAAACAGAUGGUUUGUGGUUCCAGCACAUAGGGACAGAAAAAAACAGUUUAGAGAGAAGUGAGGCUACAUCAACAGGAAGAAUGAUGUCUGCACCAUUUGAUAGUAGAAAUAGAAACAAACCAGCGCCACCACCCACACCUUUUACUAACAAAAAUGAUGAAGAUUCGAAUAAAUUCUCAGAACAUGAUAAUCGACAUUUGUUACAGAGUGAUGGUUCAUAUUUUGGGAAUGGGAAAGAAACAAGAAAUUUAGGAAGACAUUUAGCUUCAUUACAUAAACGACAGCAUUUAACAGAUUCCUAUCACCUAGGCCACCCUAGUCAUAGAGUAGACCCUCCAUAUUACAUAGAUACCGAAUAUAGAACUUGCUAUAUGGGAAAUAAAACAGAAUUCCCACCCGUCCACAGGAGAUUCCCUAAAUUAUAUUCUGCUCCCAAGGAAGGGCGCAUACCACUAGAUACGACCACUUCUGAUUGGUUUCAGCAAAAAGAACCAACCCCAAAAACCCCACUACGUGUUAUGGCCAUAUCACAACAACCUUUCUUAAAACAUAAUCCAUUUAAAUACUCCUAUCACGGCACACCGAAAGUUUACCCCUCGUACUGA